CAAAUUGAAGGAGACCGGUUAGAUGACUGAAAAAUAAGGACAACCUUGCAUCAUGAUACAGAAGGGUAAAAUCUAGCUGUAACAUUUAAAUCUACACCCUGGGGAGUGAUGCAGCGAUGCAGGCUGUGGAGAUUUCCGGUGUACAUUAUUAGUGGAUGGCGUUCCGCUUCUCAUCUCGCCACCGUCCUCCGUUAGCCGUAGCCAAGUAUUUACCGAAGGUCGACUACUGUCCUGGCUCCAGAGGAAGAGGCUGACUCAAUGACUGAGAGCCAUACCGAAAAUGGUUUCUGCCCUUUUACUAGUGGACGACCAGAGGUGUGUCACCUAUUGAUAACAGACGUCGUUAAGAGCCGGUAGAAAACACCCCUGUUGGACAUCACCAGCCCGACCAAAACCUGCCCCCAUAGCCGGGCCUUAUUUGAUACUCCUGGGCCUCCCCUCACACAGUGAAAACUGAAUCAAUACGUGCGAAGCAGCAGGAUGACUGAGGCGUGGCAGCAGCAGCACACAGUGGUCUCCCCACCCACCGUGGUGCACAACCUCCCCCCGGGCUCCGACAGCGCCCUGGGCUGUGCCGUGUACGGGAUCGUCCUCCAGCCGGAUGUGGCCUCCCUCCAGCAGCAGCCCCAGCACGGCCAGCAGCAUGCCGUACCCGCCCAGCAGCCUUCCCUACAGGUAGGGGGCGAGGGAGGACACAAGUGCGGAGCCUGCGGCCAUGACAUAUCACACCUAGCUAAUCCACAUGAGCACCAGUGUAUGGGGACCGGGGAUCGGUCGUUCCAGUGUACCCAGUGUAUGAAGAUCUUCUGCCAGGCCACUGAUCUGUUGGAGCAUCAGUGUGUACAGGUGGAGCAGAAGCCGUUUGUGUGUGGCGUGUGUAAGAUGGGUUUCUCUUUGCUUACCUCGCUGGCACAGCACCACAACGCCCACAACAACGGCAACAACCCCAUGAAGUGUUCCAUCUGUGAGAAGACCUACCGCCCGGGCUCUGGCAACAACACCCCCCACCUCCUCCCCUCAGCCCCUACAGCGUUUGAGGCUUCGGGACCAGACAGGCCCUACAAGUGCUCAGUGUGCCACAAGGGCUUUCGGCAUCUGUCUGAGUUGUCGCGACACGAGCGGGUACACACGGGAGAAAAGCCCUACAAGUGUGACACCUGUGACAAGAGCUUCAGCCAGUCCUCUCACCUGGCCCACCACCAGCGCACCCACAGCUCAGAGCGGCCCUACAAGUGUGCUGUCUGUGAAAAGUGCUUCAAGCACCGCUCACACCUCGUGCGCCACAUGUACGCCCACUCCGGCGAGCACCUGUUUAAGUGCAAUUUGUGCGAGAUGCACUUCAAAGAGUCGUCGGAGCUCCUGCACCACCAGUGCCAGCCCACAGUGACCUUGGACAGGCCGUUCCGUUGCGGCUCGUGUGGGAAGGGCUUCAAACGGCCUUCGGAUCUGCGGCAGCACGAACGCACUCACUCCGAGGAACGGCCGUUCCAAUGCGAGGAGUGCCAGAUGAGCUUCAAGCAGCAGUACGCCCUCGUUCGUCACCGCCGCACUCACAAGAACCCAGCCGACCGGCCUUUUAAGUGUAACCUAUGUGACAAGGGGUUCCUGCAGCCCUCCCACCUACUGUACCACCAGCACGUCCAUGGCAUGGAGAGCCUGUUCAAGUGUGCUUCCUGCCAGAAAGGUUUCAGCCAAUCCGGUGAACUGCUACGGCACAAAUGCACCGGCUCAGGGUCGGCGUCUGGCUCCGUGACCGCGGCAACGCCGGCGGUGGAGAAGCCCUACAAAUGUGACGUGUGUGGCAAAGGCUACAAGAAGAAGUCAACGCUCCAGCGCCACCAGAACUCCAGCUGUCAGGAGAAGCCGCUGAAGUGCUCCCUGUGCAACCGACGCUUCCUGUCGCCGUCUGAGUUCGUGACGCACCGCUGCGACCCAUCCAGGGAGAAGCCCCUGAAGUGCCCCGACUGCGAGAAGCGCUUCAAGUAUUCCUCGGAGCUGCAACGUCACCGCCGCGUUCACACCGGAGAGAAGCCCUACAAGUGCUCCAGCUGCGACAAGAGCUUCAAACAGCGGGAACACCUGGUGAAGCACCAGGCGGUGCACUCGCGGGAAGCCCAGUUUAAGUGUGUGUGGUGCGGGGAGCGUUUUGUGAACCUGGGAGCCCUCCAGGAGCACACGGUCCAGCACACUGCAGAAGGAGGUGGUUAUCCCGCAGCCCCCUGUAUACAGUGAGCAGGUCUGCUGCUGUUGAGCGCCUGUACAGUGUGAACACACACGGUGACAUGGAACGUUGCCCACUAGGCGUACAGCAACACUCUUCCUGACACCUUCUUCUUUUGUAUAUAACCACACAUUCAUUAUUUACAUUUAGUUACACACCCCAUCCUCCUUUUGCAUAAACAAUGGUAAAACUCUGCUUAAUCCUAACCAUGAAGUUAUUAUUGACACCUUCUUCCUCACACCAAGGUAAUCAUGCCGAUGUUCUGCCCUUCAUUAGUGACUUCCAACUACCCAUGACCCAGAUCAACUGAAAACAGUACAUCAACUACCCGUGACCCAGAUCAACUGAAAACAGUACAUCAACUACCCAUGACCCUGAUCAACUGAAAACAGUACAUCAACUACCCGUGACCCAGAUCAACUGAAAACAGUACAUCAACUACCCAUGACCCUGAUCAACUGAAAACAGUACAUCAACUACCCAUGACCCAGAUCAACUGAAAACAGUACAUCAACUACCCAUGACCCAGAUCAACUGAAAACAGUACAUCAACUACCCGUGACCCAGAUCAACUGAAAACAGUACAUCAACUACCCGUGACCUAGAUCAACUGUGGUCACCUUGUUGGAUGCAGGAAAAAUGCAACUUGAAAAGGAUGUUCCAGUCUGAAAAGUCAUUGGAAAUGUAUUCAUGUUUGUAACAUCAAAUACUUAAGAGUUGCUUUUUAAAAAAAGAGAAAUGAAAUGUUUAAGGAAAUUGGGGGGAGGGAGAGUUAUUCUCUGACUCCUUUAUGGUCAUAUACUUUCUUUGCUGUGGUUUGGUUCAGGUUUUGGCCACACUACGUGUUGAACUCCCCCUUAACCCUCUGGUUGGCUGUUAGUAAUGCCCAAUAAGCCCCACCCCUCAUAGACUUAAAUAUACGUUUCUGCAUGAGUAUAUUUAAGCAAUAUGGCCCGAGGGGUUGUGGUAUAUGGCCAAUAUACCACGGCUAAGGGCUGUUCUUAUGCAUGAUGCAAUGCGGAGCCCUUAGCUGUGGUAUAUUGCCCAUAUACCACAACCCCCUUGAGGUGCCUUUAUAAACUGGUUAUCAAUGUAAUUAGAGCAGUUAAAAUACAUGUUUUGUUAUACCUGUAGUAUACCAUGGCUGUCAGCCAAUCAGCAUUCAGGGCUCGAACCACCUAGUUUAUAAUUGUGAAAUAUGUUUAUAUUUAGCAUCACCGUUGUACUGUAGUAGCUUUGCUUAAAAAAGAAAAAAAAUGUGACAAGUUAUAUCUUGUGUCCUCUUUGGAAAUCUGUGGUAGAUAAACUGUCGCAUCUCUGUACUAUAAUGAAUAGCAACUACUGUAGUAUGUGUCAAUGGGAAUAUUUCCCCACAUUUUGGACUACUUUGGCUCCCUAUGUCAUAGAAAGAAACACAUACCUUAUCGCUCUGUCAACGUGGGGCUCCCGAGUGGCACUGCAUCUCAGUGCUAGAGGCGUCCCUACAGACCCUGGUUCGAUUCCAGGCUGUAUCACAACCGGCCGUGAUUGAGAGUCCCAUAGGGGGCGGCGCACAAUUGAUCCAGCGUCGUCCGCGUUUGGCUGGGGUAGGCCGUCAUUGUAAAUAAGAAUUUGUUCUUAACUGACUUGCCUAGUUAAAUAUAAUGUGCACAGGGAAUGAUGCUCACACAACCUCUGAAUCCUAUAUGUACUGUUUGCACAUAAAUAUUACAUUCUAACAUGUUAACAAACUUGGUGGUAGAAGUUGCAAAAUGUGUUUAAGAACUGCUUCUGCUACCUGCUUUUCUACCCAGUUGAGAUUGUUUGUGUUGUAUUUAAGCAAAAAGGGGUGUGGAGGACAUACUCUGGUCCAAUUGCAUUGUCCUCCGACAGGUGGCAUCAGUCCUACGCAACGCUCAUCCCUCAACCGACAGAGCAGACAGUUAGUCGUAAGACAACGGCCCAGUGGUUUGUUUAAACCAGUAAUGUCUAUAUCUGGAUUUCAAAGUGUUAUCGCUUCACCUAGCAGUUAUCAUCUGAUUUUAAAAAAACAAAAAAACAAUCUCUUUAUCGUGGCUUCCAUUUGGACACGUUGGCCUCGGUUUGUGCCUAGGAGGUCUUCAUGUAAACCCAGCCAAGUUAGGGUCCCAGUUGCACAAAUUGUUCCUCAGUUGCCCCUGAAAUAGCUGUGAGAGGACUUUUAUGUUAGUAAGUCUAAAUGUUGAGAGGGAGAAGCAGGGGGGGAAAAGUAUGUGAUUAUGUAUGCAAGUUUAUACAUGAUGUGUUUUUUAUAUUGUUUUAUGAUAGUGUAUUUUAAAAGAAAAAAAAAACAUGCUCACAAUGUGUAUUUGGAAUGAGGAUAUGAAACUGAAAGGUUAGGAGUGAGAAUAUCAUGUGGUGGAUUCAUCCUAAAUGGCACCCUAUUCCCUAUGUAGUAUACCAGGGCCUCUGGUCAAAAGUAAUGCACGCUAUAGGGAAUAGGGUGCAACUUGGGAAGAAGUUGUUUGAACUGGGUGGGAUGAUGAGGUAGUCAAGCACUUGUGUCUGCAGUUAGGCUAUGAGCGUGUUUGACAUUGCAGCCAAUUUUUUUUUAAAGGUGUGACUGACUAAUCUACAAAUCACCUUGAAUCAUAAUGAACUACUCAAAUGUUAGUUGCAGAUAGGUCAGUCGGUCACAAUUUCCCCACGAUGCGUCACGGUUUUGAUGCUCUCGACAGGCAUAAGCCUUCUGCAUGCCAAUGCUGGUCAAAUAUGUUCCGGUCUGUGCUUCUGCCUCUGCUGCCCUCAAUCUUUGUCAACUGGGAGAUGUAGAUGAUGACAUCAUUCUGUGUGGCUUAAUCUGCGUAGGCUACAUUCAAUCUUGAAUGAUAUGUACAGUAUAACAUGUUCAUAUACACACUGCACUAACAAAAUAAACGAAUCUUACAAUA